CAGGAGCAUAAACAGUGAAUUAACUUGGGAGCCCAUCUCUUGUUGUGAGAUGGCUGUUGAAAAUAUCACCCUGGACUCAGCCGAAAACUCUCCAAACCAGAGCAGCUGUGAUGUGUUUAUCUACCAAAGAGCUGCCGUAGUCCUCUUCCCAAUUUUCUACUCUGUGGUUUUCAUUAUCAGUGCGAGUGGAAACAGCUUGGUACUCUUUGUGAUCUGCCAGAGGAAACAGAAGUUUAACUCCACCUCAAUCUAUCUGGUCAACCUAGCACUAUCUGAUACCCUGUUCACACUGGCAUUGCCUGGCAGAAUUAUUUACUACAUCCGUCACUUUGACUGGCCCUUUGGUGACAUUCUCUGCAGACUGACAACACUUCUCUUCUUCGCAAAUACGUAUGCAGGUAUUGGCUUCAUGACCUGUAUCAGUCUGGAUCGAUACCUGGCCAUGGUGCAUCCACAAAGGCUGCAGUGGUUGCGGAGUGUGAGGGUGGUUCGCAGGGUCUCCUGCCUGGUCUGGGCUCUGGUAUCCCUGGAGGUAGCUCCUCUGAUGUUCCGCAGCAUGCUGCGUGAGCACCAGGGAAAACAAACCUGUAUGGAGUACUUUAACUUUGACGGCUCCCGCUUCACCCCUUAUCUCCUGCUUCUGGCCUGUACCAUCUCAUUCUGCUGUCCGCUCAUCAUCAUCAUGGGCUGCUACGCCAAGAUCAACCUGAAGCUGCGAACUGCAGCCAAGCAGAACUCCGUAACUGGUCGAUCGAGGAGGAAUCAUAGGGCCAACACCAUUAUUCUCCUCAUCCUCCUCACCUUUAUCAUAUGCUUUAGCCCUUACCACCUCAACGUUAUGCAGUUUAUGUCCAGAAAGAUACACCACCAGGCAACCUGCGAGGAACUGAGAGCCUUUAAGGUGUCCUUACAGAUCACAGUUUCUCUAAUGAACUUCAACUGCUGCUUGGACCCAGUCAUCUACUUCUUUGCCAUUAAGACCUACAAGAAGCGGGUGUUGAGCCUGUUUAAAGACUACAUCUAUACUUCCGGUGCCUCCUCCAAAAUGACAGCUGAGAACAGCAGCAGCAACACCUGAGAGAAACCACAGCUGAGCUUGCAGGAUACAUACAACCAGUGUCGCAGAGAAGACCUAGUUCACUCUGUUGAACUCAA